AUGGCUCAGACUCAAUACCCCGAGUUCCUCUACCAUGUGAAGCGUACUGUCACCGACUUCCAUGAGGAUAAAUCCGGUGCUACGCGAACGACCGAUAUUCUCGCGACGUUCACCGAUCUUCCUGCGGCAAAGAAGGCAGCUUAUGGAGCGCUAGAGUCUGAAGGUUACCUAAGAGACGAUUUCGAGAGCUAUGAGUCGAAGGCUGAGACUGAGCAGUGGUCUCACGGUGAUGGAGUGCUUGUGUUCGCAAAAGCACCAGCUGGUCAGGAGUUCGAGGUGUAUCUUGACACGAAGCCGAACGACCUGAAAUUCGAGGGCAAUGAAGCUGGUCAAGUUGAAGGAAAUCUUCACUAUGUUAUGCAGACAACAAUAGAUUACAACAGUGAUCGUAUUGGUGGUAUUCAAAAUACCGAGGUUGAAGGCACAUAUCCAAACCGCAUAGCUGCGUUCGAAGCUGUCAAGACCGCUCUUCUCGACGAAGAAGUCACGAAGGAGUUCUUUUCAGAGUACGACGAGAGAGACGACUUUAUCGGCGAAUGGCCAUACGGAGACGAGUGUUGGGUUCACGCUGUUGGGCCAACUGGCCAAAACUUCUUGGUCUUUGUGAAAAAUCGACCACAUAGCCAUCGUCAUCACGAAUGCGAUCAUCACAGUGGCUCGAAGUGCGACUGUGCUUGUAAACACACGGAGAAGGAAUGUAAACACAAGCAGUGUAAGCAUGAAGAUUGCAAGUGCGACACUAUUUGUACCUUCCAAGCCACAUUUCUUUCGAACCAGCCUUCAAAGCUGUCCCACCGUGCUAUGUCCACCGUUUCCACCGACGAACUUGACAUCGAUCGCGUCGUUACAUAUUGGUUCGAGGACAGCAACAAGCCGCUGUUUGCGAAAUGGUUUGGCGGAGGACCAGACGUUGAUUCGGAGAUCAGAGAGCGCUUUAGUGCUCUGUGUGACACGGCGCACACGAAAGGACUACAAUCGUGGACGGACAAACCCAAGGGCACAUUGGCAUUGAUCCUCCUGCUGGACCAAUUCUCUCGCAACCUUCACAGAGGAUCCUCACUGUCGCAUGCUCAAGACGCAACCUGCCUCGAUAUCGCAGCUAAAGCAAUCGCGAAAGGGUUUGAUCUCGAAGUACCAGUUGUUCAACAGCCGUUCUUCUACCUGCCCCUCAUGCACGAUGAAAACCUGGUGAGUCAAGUUGCCGCCAUGGCUCUUUACAACGGCUUCAUCGCACGCUGCCAAACGCAAUCCGACCCUCAACUCCUGGAAUACGCAUAUGCCAGCAGAGAUUUUUCAAAGCGGCAUCUUGACACGAUUCUUCGCUUCGGACGCUAUCCUUCUCGAAAUGGUAUACUCGGAAGAGAAACAACACCAGAGGAAGCGGCGUUCUUGAAGGAGAACCCCACGGGAUUUUGA